AUGGAGGCAGCAGCAGAGACAGUAGCAAACCCUCCUUGGUCUCAUUCUGCCCUUAGGCGGGAGAUCAUCAUGGGACGCCCUCCAGAACAAGAGACCCACAGCUGGCGCCUAAAGUGGGGCUCAAACAGCCAUGCAGCCACAGGAACUGAUACCAUGGAAAGGGCCUCUGUCCCUGCUGCAGAAAAGGUUUCCAUUGGAGGAGGCACUGUACUGCUCGAUAUGAUAAAGAUGCCUCAUAGAACAUCAAGCAAGGAAGAAGAUGAUACAGUUAACUGGUAUUCCAGUAGUGAAGAGGAAGAAGGAAGUGGUGUCAAGUCAAUACUGAAGACAUUACAGAAACAAGCAGGAACUCUAAGAAAUCAGCAACACCUUCCCACAGAGCUCAGCAUUCCUACUGAUCCAAGACUUGCUAAAGAGAAAAGGAAAGGAAAUCAAGUGGUUGACCCAAGACUUCGGACUGUCCCAAGGCAAGAUAAUAGAAAGCCACAUGAGUCUGUCCCAAUGGAUCUUAGACUUGUGUGGGAUCCCAGGAAAUUCAGAGGGAAUGGAGGUGCUCCUGGGGGCUCUUCAGCUAGUGCAGCAAAGUUUGAUUUACGUCAUACAAAUGCUGGUGCAAAUCACAAACCCAAAAGAAGAUAUGAUGAUGAUGAAGACAAAGAAAGAGAACUGAGAGAAAAGGCCUUCUUAAUACCUUUGGAUUCUUCACCUGGUGUAAUCCUCCAGGAUCCAAGGUCACAGUUAAGACAGUUCAGUCAUAUUAAAAUGGAUGUUAUUCUAAACAAACCCAAUUUUGCAAAACACAUUGUGUGGGCUCCAGAAGACUUACUUCCAGUACCUUUACCUAAACCUGAUCCAGUAUCUUCAAUCAAUUUACCUCUACCCCCACUUAUAGCUGAGAGGCUCAAUAGAUUAUGGAAUACAAAGAGUGAUCAUCGGGGUGCCCUGUCCCUUAAUCCAGCACCAGCAGUCAAAGCCAAAAUGAGUGUAACCAGAGAGGGCUGCUUAGAGCGGGCUGGAGACUCAAUCAGUUCAGGAGGUAAACUAGGAGACCCUCGGCUGCAAAAGAAUUUUGAUCCUAGGCUCCAUAGACUGCCCAAUACAGAGUCUCAUCAAGUGGCUAUAAAGGACUCACAUUCAUCAAGGAGUGCCCUGCCCUUAGCCAGAUGGAACCCUGCUUUGUCACAGCCCUCAACAGCAGCACCUGUUAAUGUUGCUUCUGUGACUCUUCCUCUGUAUGCCCCCAAACUCUCUUCAGAUGACCUCCCACCAGGAGCUUCAAGUUCAGUUCUUAGUGGCAUUAGCUUGUAUGAUCCUAGGGACAAGGGCUCACUGUCUGCAGCAGAGCUGUCGGCCAUUGCUUCAGGAGAAAAUACAGAGAACCAGGAGAGUGGCUUAAAAAAUAGUGAUAAAAACCACCCUUCCCCUGGAGAAGUGAUCACACCACAAAACACUGCUGCAGACAUUGAAGUUCCUGUUGAUGGGCCAGUCGACACACAGGCAGACAUUCCCAGGAGUGCUGAUAAGGUUCAAGUCCCUGCUGUGCACAGUCUUCCUAUUCCAGCCUUAACAGGCUUAAUUAGACCUCCAUACAGUGAUCCAAGGCAGGCAAGAGAGCCAGGAGAGGUAAGCCCGACCCCAGAUGAUGAUCCUAGUGAAGAAGCAGAUGACAAAUCUCUGAAGGAGGUUUUUAAGACAUUUGAUCCAGCCGCAUCACCGUUUUGUUAG